UUAGCUUGUUAAUGUCUCUUUCUUUGAAUUGAGUAUCUACCUUCUGACUUGACUGAUCCCCCAAGCACGGUAGUUGACUUUGAAUAAUGUUCUAGGCUGCAUUUACCUGCAAAGUUGUGGCCAUUUUCUUUGUUAGACAUUCGUACAGAGCAAUGUGUCGGCGAUACUUUUAAGUGAUUUCGUUUGUGUAGGCAGAGAUAAGAGUCGGAGGUUUUGAGAGUGGAAGGAGAGAGAGAAAUUUCAAGCAAAAUCAAAUACGUAGCCCUGGUCUAAGAAGAAAGAUUAUUCAAACCAGAGGAGAAGUUGGAAGGAACGCUGAAUUAUCAUCAAUAUCAAGAAAGGAAACUGAGCCACAACAGAUCCAACUACGUUUUGUGUGGCCCUAAAGGAGGAGAGAAGCUAGUUUCAGAUGGGGAAUUGUUGGGGUUCUACAGCUGAUAACCCAACUCCAAGCACCACUGCCCAUCUCAAUUCAGGAUUAUCUCAGGCAACGAGUAAUGCAACUAAUUCUAGGUGUAGUAACAUCUCUGCAAAUAGUCAUUUCUCGGCGGCUAGCGGCGAUGAGGUUUAUCCACAUGGGCAGAUCUUGCCCACCCCAAACUUGAGGAUCUUCUGCUUUGCAGAAUUAAAGGUUGCGACCAAGAAUUUUAGAGCUGAUACAGUACUUGGCGAGGGAGGCUUCGGGAAGGUCUUCAAGGGUUGGCUUGAGGAGAAGGGGUCGUCCAAGAGCGGAAGCGGGACGGUAAUUGCUGUUAAAAAACUGAACUCUGAGAGCUUACAAGGAUUUCAAGAGUGGCAGGCAGAAGUGAAUUUCUUAGGAAGACUUUCCCAUCCCAACCUUGUUAAGCUGUUGGGAUACUGUUGGGAGGAUCAAGAGCUACUCCUGAUUUAUGAAUUCAUGCAAAAAGGCAGCCUAGAAAACCAUCUUUUUGGAAGGGGCUCAACUGUUCAGCCACUUCCAUGGGAUGUACGGCUUAAGGUUGCAAUAGGAGCAGCUCGGGGCCUGGCUUUUUUGCACACUUCUGAUAAGCAAGUUAUUUAUAGAGAUUUUAAGGCCUCCAAUAUACUGCUUGAUGGGUCCUACACUGCCAAAAUAUCAGACUUUGGCCUGGCAAAAUUAGGUCCAUCGGCUAGUCAAUCACACGUGACGACACGGGUAAUGGGCACAUAUGGUUAUGCCGCUCCAGAAUAUGUUGCCACUGGGCAUCUGUAUGUAAAGAGCGAUGUGUACGGUUUUGGUGUUGUUUUGGUCGAGAUACUAACAGGCUUAAGGGCACUUGAUACAAAUCGUCCAAGUGGGAGACAUAAUCUGGUGGACUGGAUCAAACCAUAUCUAUCAGAAAGAAGGAAGUUGAAACAAAUUAUGGACUCCCGGUUGGAGGGAAAAUAUCCAUCCAAAGCUGCAUUACACAUAUCUCAGCUUGCUCUAAAAUGCCUUGCAGCUGAACCAAAACACCGACCAUCAAUGAAAGAAGUAUUGGAGACAUUGGAGCGGAUUGAAGCUGCCAAUGAAAAACCAAGGGAGCCUCGAAUUCGUUCUCAUCCUAUGGCGCACCGACAAGGCCAACUGCAUUUGCAUCAUCGUUCACCACUUCACCCAAGGCAGGGUGGAAGUCAGACCUACCAGUACCAACACUCCCCACUAGUGAGGUGAAUUUGAUACAGCUGCUGCAUACAAGCACAGGCCUUCGCUCUUAUGCAGACGUUUGUCUCUCAUGAAAACAGUCCCCCAACCCCAACCCCAACACCCCUCCCCCCUCCUUUUUUUUUUUUCCCUCGAUUAAUUUGAUCUCUUGUAAAUUACAUUGAGUAUUGCCAUUGUAAUGUGACUUGUUAUCAACUGAAUGAGUAUGUUAGCAGCAAGACUGUAAUUAUACAGUCGGUCCGGUGAGUAGUGCUUGGGUAUGUUAGCAGUCAUUACUAAUGUUCUUGUAGUUGGGGAAGUAAUGGUUAUCAAGAAUUCUUUCCUAUAAUCUAUAGAGCACCCUGUCACUGCGCCUGUCUAUCUAUAUUGAACAUUGGGCAUGGAAUACUUUCGAAGAAGUUGACAGGGCAUUGUUUGAACAAUGAUGUUUAUGAUAGAUUUUUCAUAUUUGUUCUUCAA